GGAAGAAUUAGGUUUUGGGGUUCUUUAAAUUAAGGGGAAAUGUUCAGGGUAAACAUUAAAUGACACAACUACCCUCACAUGACCUGCACGUGGUUAAAUUUAACUGGGAAAACAAACUGGGUUAGGCUCAAAAGCAGCACAUGUAUCGGAUUCAACAACACUCAAUUGCACCUACAUCAUGUUAGGUCUAGAUUUCACACAUUGAAAGUUCCUGAUUGUUCUUCCACUCCUUUGCACUUUCAAUUUCAAUCUCAGCUGAAACAUGAUCAAAUCACACAGUGUCUGCAACUCCGGUGUGUGCGUAGCGACGAUCCUCAUGGGUUAUCAGAUCCUCCUAGCAGCUCUAUAGAGCAAGAAGGUUCAGGGGAAUACAAUGAAAGUCAAGGGAAGUCAUCCUCAUCAUCAGAGAUAUUGCAAAAGCUUAGAAGAUAUGGUAUUUCAGGGAUACUGUCGUAUGGGUUACUGAACACUGCUUAUUAUCUAACUGCCUUUCUAGUAGCAUGGUUCUACAUAGCACCAGCACCUGCGAAAAUGGGUUAUUGGGCAGCUGUUAAAAGAUUUGUGAAAUUGAUGGCUAUGGUCUGGGCUGGAAGCCAAGUAACUAAACUUGUGAGACUUGGAGGGGCUUUGGCACUUGCACCUGUAGUUGAUAAAGGUUUGACCUGGUUCAUGGCCAAAUUCAAAUUCAAAUCACAAGCAACGGCCUUCACAGUGAUCGUCGGGUGCUGUUUUGGGCUUGCUGCUGUGAUGUUUCUUGUUGUAACAUUGCUUUCCGCGUAAACCUUAAUCGUUCCUACUUACCUUCAAGGACCACCUUCAUUGCUCUAGCGUUUUCGUCUGGGAUUUUGAAUCUUUACAAGGGUAUUUAUGUCUUUUCCUUUUUCAUAAUGAGUAAGUAUGUAUGUUUGUCUUUCCACUUAAACAAAUAAAACAGAAGGGAUUUAACUUAACUUUAGCUUUAUGAAAGUCUUUGGAAAUCA